AUGGCAGCGGGGAGCCGGGGCGUGAGGGGCCUGGUGGCCGUGAUCACCGGCGGCGCCUCGGGCCUCGGCCUGGCCACAGCGGAGCGGCUGGUGGGACGGGGGGCCAGCGCUGUGCUUCUGGACACGCCCGGCUCCGAGGGGGAGGGCCAGGCCCGGCGGUUAGGGCGGCGCUGCGCCUUCGCCCCCGCCGACGUGACCUCGGAGGGGGACGUGCGGGCGGCCCUGGCCCUGGCGAAGGAGAAGUUUGGCCGCGUGGACGUGGCCGUCAAUUGUGCAGGCAUCGCGGUGGCCUUCCGGACCUACGACCUGAAGCGGGGCCAGGCCCAUCCCCUGGAGGACUUCCAGCGGGUUAUCGACGUGAACCUCGUCGGCACCUUCAACGUGACCCGCCUCGCGGCCGCGGCCAUGCGCCAGAACGCGCCCGACCCGGAGGGCCAGCGCGGGGUCAUCAUCAACACGGCCAGCGUGGCCGCCUUCGAGGGCCGGGUGGGGCAGGCCGCCUACUCGGCCUCCAAGGCGGGCGUGGUGGGCAUGACCCUGCCCAUUGCCCGGGACCUGGCCCCCCUGGGCAUCCGGGUGGUCACCAUCGCUCCGGGGCUGUUCGGCACCCCGCUGCUGACCACCCUCCCCGAGAAAGUGUGCAGCUUCCUGGCCAGCCAGGUGCCCUUCCCCCGCCGCCUGGGCCACCCCGCUGAGUUUGCGCACCUGGUCCAGUCCGUCGUGGAGAACCCGUUCAUCAACGGAGAGGUCAUCCGGCUGGACGGCGCCAUCCGCAUGCAGCCUUGAAGGGGGGGUGGGGGCAGAGAAGCACCCUCUGCA